CCCGAUCCAGGCCGACUUGCCGACCUUAUUGUCUAAUGUUCAGCGUGACUGAGUAAUCAGCCCUUCCACUGUUCUCCAAACCCCACCAACACUCCAGGGUAAUCCUUCUGUGCUGUUGAUUUCGAUAUUUGGCCCCUGGAUUCUACUUCUGCCUGCUGUUUUGGUUUUCAUUUUCAUCGCAACGGACUCUUUAUUCAACCCGACUCCUCUCGGAAUCUUCGGUAGCGCUUGGGAAUUGCCGUUCUUGUCGCAUUGUGUGUCCAGCAUUGCAUGUCGAGCUUUUCAUGAAUUUCAACAAAAGGUUUAUCUUAUGAAGACCAACCAAUCCCAUUGCUACCGGGUUUCCUUCAAAUUUGCAUCGUCAACUCGUUAAUAUGCCUCUGGACGAAGAAGGAGCGAAGUGGUCAUGCGAACCAUGCAUUCGCGGACAUCGCUCGUCCAAAUGUCAGCAUUUCGACCGUCUUAUGAUGAAGGUCCCUAAAGCAGGUCGUCCCCUAGCAAAAUGCCCGCAUCCGAAAGGCUCAUGCAGUUGUCAGCGGGUGUAUGCAGUCAUGGUGCGGAUACCUAAAGGAUCGACUUGCCUGUGCAGACCUUUGUAUGAAGUUCCCGCCAGCUCAGCACAGGCACAAUCGACUCCCGGGACACCGUCAGUUACAUCGACUGCUUCUACUCCAGGAAGGGUCCAGAAGCAAUCGCGGCGACAAAGCAGCAUACACACUGUUCCGAAUAAUAUUGUGAAGGCAUUGAAUAAUGAAUGGCAGCAACCUGGAAAUGGUAUAUUCGCAACACAAACGACGAUUGAACCCAAGUAUUCAACUAAUACGAGCUCCCUAUCGAGUAUUAAUGUUGGCACUCCCGAAAAGCCCUUGACGCCGGAGCUGAAAUCCGAGGAUGAGAUCAACGCACCUAUACUUGCGAAUAAAGAUGGUGGAUGCUGCUCGGGAGAAUCAGCACCUGUUGCUGCAGCACCUCCGCCACGUUCCUGUUGCGCGGGGCCAUCUAGUACGGAAAACGAACGAGACUUGACCGAUAAACCAAAAAAUUCGGGUUACAUGUCGUCAUGGGAGCCAUCGCCUCAUAUGGGGCAGCUGUUGUGGAAUAGCUCAUUUCAAAAUGACCAUUACCCCGCCCAGAGCACAAAUUAUCCGGCAGUCAAUCACCCGUCUCCAUUCUAUGUCAACCAGUUACAUCUGGAAUCUCCCCUCAUAUCUCAAUCGCACUACCUACCUAACGGAGCUUCCAAUAACCCUCUUCUAUUCAACUCCGCGAGGAAUCCUCCAGAUAUGCAUUCUACCUUCGCUGGAGAAAACAGUCAUGCUUGUUCUUGUGGUGAAAACUGUCAAUGCCUGGGAUGCGCUAGCCACCCAUUCAACGAAACGACCAGACAGCAUGUACAAAAGAUGGGCUAUAUGAUGAGUAUCGGCGAAGAUGACGAGAGACUGGAUAAAGCGACACCAUUCAAGGGGCAAGAUAGCCCAUCAUUACGUACCCCUAAGAUGUCACCCAAUGAUGUGCAAAGACCACAGGCGGUCCCGACAUUUACCGACAAUGCUGUGCUACCAUCAAGUUUCGAGCAUACCCUGUCUUCUACCGACCCUUUUGGGACAGAUGGAUAUAUGCAACCGUCAGAGUAUUACACAAUCGAGUAUCCGGUGGGGCUGAGCCUUUGCUCGAAUGUAUCAGGUAAUUGCCAGUGCGGAAACGACUGCAGCUGUGUAGGAUGCCUGACACAUAGUGGCCACAACGGAGUGGCUUUAGAGACUCCCGCAAAUGAAAGCAGACAAAUAGCCCCGGAGAUGGUACCUCAACAAUCGAGUGGAUAUAUAAACUAUGCGCCAGAGCCUCGCGCCCUCGAUCAAUACUCACCCUCCGCCCUCAGCCCGCCGUUGGUUGAAACACCACUUGUAUAAAUUUUCAAAACGUGGAAACAUCAAGUGUAUGAUUUGAUGAACAGAGAUACCCCUAAAUACGCCUUCAUACAAUUGAUUUAUGAUCUCCUCUAAAUAACGAUGCACUGCAGUUUGCAGUCAAGGGCUCGAACAAGCUAUCGGCUACGGCUAUGUUAGGCAUCGUUAGUAUCUAGACGAAUAUAGCAGAAUUAAAUG